GGGGUGUAAAACGGACCAUAUUAACUUUCGGAGGCGACAUACGCGGUCUACUUCUCACAAGGCACGGAGUGAGCGCGAGAGUGCGCAGUAGGGCUCUUGGAGAACAAAACGCUGAGCACACUCGCCGGCUCAUUACAAUCUCGUCCCCCGGCGGCGCGCAUUACUACUCCAGCUGACAGACUCCGGUACGCGCGCGAUAGGUGUGGAGGAGAGAGCGCCGGCUCCGAACAAUGGACCUGAACCCGUGAGCGCUUCUGAGACAGACGAGCAGCCAGGGGACGAUGGUGGUGUCGAGAGUGAUCUGAACUUUAUUCGCGGAGGAUUUAUCAUUGACACGCACCAUCUGACCGGGGAAACAGCAGAAGGGAGCAGAGCAGAGGCGCAGCUCAGCAUGGCGCGGGGUUACAGUCGGCUGGGGACAUGGCAGCUGCUUCUGACCAUCUCGAUGGUCAUUGCUCCGCUGUCCGCUCACGGGAGGCAUUCGCUGACCAGACGCCAUCAUCACCACAAUCAAUCAUCUGUCAACAAAGAGGCCUUGAAUGCCAGGAUGGUGCUUAGCGACGACUCUGCAGAGCGAGAGCACCUGAUUGGAGCGGGUCCCGGGGUGAAGCUCCCCGUCCGCUCCCACAAGCAUCAUCACUCUCAUAAGCAUGCUCGUCCGAACUUUGCCGAGGAGCCUGCAGGGGAGGAGCUGACCGCGGGAGGUGCCGGAUCAGACCACCAACUGUCCGAUGACAUCGUAACGGUUGAGUUUCACAGCCCGGCCCCGGAUUUUGUGCCCUCUGACGAAGGAGUGAACUGGGCUAAACCCCCUCAAGCCCAGAAGCAAAAAGGAGAACCAAGUGAUUGGACUCUCUCUGACUUUUACGACUACACAUCACGGGAUGAUGAUCUGUCGGCACUAGAUACUACCCCAGAACCUGAGCCUACACCGUCUCCUCCAGCUGACAUGGAGGAUGAGAACCCGUUACUGGCUGGGUCCCCUGCUCUCCCAGAGUACGUGAGCCCCGGUUUGGCCAGUGGUCCUGCUCUGCAAGCUCCACCGACACUCGGAGGAGACAAAGGUCAAGGCGUUUUAGGGGUCGCCAUGGGGCCCGACGGAUGCAGACUCGGCUUUGCGCGAUCCACUUCUGGGGCUUGCUUAUCUCAAUGCGAGGUCGAGCCUAAUUUCUGCUUUAAUGGCGGAGUGUGCACUGUGGUUCCCGGGUCGGCUGCCUUCUGCAGGUGCAAUGUGCAAGACUACAUCUGGAAUAAAGGCGCCCGCUGUGAUUGGGCAGUCACUGAGUUCCAAGUGUUGUCCGUGGUGGUGGGCGUGUCCUCCCUGGUGGCCCUCCUCCUUUUUAUGAUUAUUGUCCUCUUUGCCAAAAGUAUGCACCGCCUCAAGAACGAGAACAAGCGCCUCCGCAGACGCAGUAAGUAUCGCCCGCAGAGCAGUGAACCACAGACGGACGGACUCUCGGUCUCAACAACGGCCGAUGGCUCCCAGCCAAACGUAAGGAAACUGUGCGAUAGUCCUCCGCCUGCUCCCCAAGCUCACACUCACAACCUGGCGUACUAUGACAACAUUAUCUGUCAGGACGAUCCUCAGAAGCAAGAGGACCCGGCAAAAUCCCCUCAACCCAAGGAAGAGGGCUCCAUGAACAUCCUCAACUCUCAUUCCCCCAAACACGAGAACAACCGCCCCACCUCUGUGGCUCACACCCCUAACAACACAGAGGAGAACAGCGAGGAUGGAGUCACUAUCGGCCUUGAGGUCCUCCUCCCUAAAGAAGCCAAGCUCCACACAGACUCGAGUGCGCCGCUUCAGUACGACGUCUUCCUCUACAAAGUCCCCAACAAUGGAGACCCAGCCAACUCUCAUCCAUCCACUCAUCUCAUGUCCAAAUCCCCCAAGCACAGUAAAGCGUCGUCGGUGAGGCACUCAUCACCUGGCUGUGAUCUGUCACCGGGACGACACCCAACCACCAGUCGUCACUCGGCUCCUGGGUGCUACUCUGCUCCCGCCUCUCACGCGGCUUCCCACUCCACCCAAUACAAAUGCCAGUCCUCCUCUUCCACCACUCCUCCUCAGCUCCGAAGGCCCAGAGGCCGCUCGCAGGAACGAGGCCCGCGGCAACCCGGGAUGGAGAUGGAGCACCAGAGAGGACACAUACGUCCGUCGCCUUCAUCGCCUCAUCUAUGCCAGCCACCUUCUUCCCCAUCCAGGAUGAAGAGUAGUCCAGUUAGCACCCGGUCUCUACCGCCGCUCUCCUGACAGGACGUCGCACUCUGACUCUCCUUCUAAUCUAUUGUAACCCUCAGCAGCCCGUUGUGACUCUAACCCAUAUAAAAGUGAUUGACAGAUAAUCCCUCUAUGAUCCCCUUAAAAGUUCCCCGACCCACUCUGAUAAGAACGCAUUGCCAACCACACACACCGCACUGUCGGCGCUUCAGCCAAAUAUUCUCAGCAUGGUGUAAAUACCAACUUCAAAUCUCAGGUCAUAAUCUUUAUCUCGACUCAAUCUGAAAUGCAAGACACAGCGGUAACACUCCUUGACCGUUUUUAUUAACACAAUUUUAAUAGAUGAUCUGUGGGGUUUUCUAUUCACAUUUUUUUAUGUUUUCAGUGGAUUUUUAAAGUGUUUAAU